CCAGGUGACUGAGGGUUGACGAUGGGGCCCCGUCGUUCAACCAGUGCCCAGGUUCCAGCCAAUGAGAAGAUGGUUUUGGCAGUCGCAGAGGUUAUGCAAAAUGGAUUCCCUUCAUAGCUACCUAAUGUUGAUUCAAGAAUAUGUCAAUCAUUUAUGUGAAGGAAAGCCAGCAUGGGAGAUAAUCUUGAGAACAGCAGGAACAACCAUAUUGUUAAUAUGGGUUAGAAAUUUUCUGUUUAAAGAUGAAACUCUCCUAGAACGAGGAAUAAAGGCAUUUUUUAAAUUGGCUAGAAAAGUUCCACCAGUGAAGUCCAGGAUUGAGAAAGAAAUAGAAAAGGUGACCAUUUCAAUGACAAAUGACUUUAAUAAGGCCAUCAACAACUCAUCAUAUCUAACUGAACUGCCGGAGAAAGGCUGGAGUCCUGAGACGAUUAUGGAAGAAGCUGCUAAAUAUGCACAGUUUGGCAAAUUCAAAUGGGAGACUGGGUGUGCAUCUGGCACUGUCUACAAUGGUAACCAAACACUCACUGACCUCAUGACCAGAAUAUAUGGUAUGUCUGCAUGGAGUAAUCCUCUCCAUCCUGAUGUAUUCCCGGGAGUGAGAAAAAUGGAAGCUGAGGUGGUUCGCAUGUGCUGUACAUUGUUUAAUGGAGAUUCCAAGAGCUGUGGUUGUAUGACAGCUGGAGGCACAGAAAGCAUCAUUUUGGCAUGCAAGGCAUAUAGAGACUAUGCCAUUAAUGUUAGAGGUAUUAAGUCACCAGAGAUGCUAGUGCCUGUGUCAUCUCAUGCUGCAUUUGAUAAAGCUUCUCACCUAUAUAAGAGUAAGUCUGUUCGAGUGCCUUUACCGAGCAAACGUCAAAAAUCAAACAUUUCUGCUACUUUGAGCUCAAUUUCAAGAUGAACGUGUCUGCUGGUAGGUUCAGCUCCCCAGUUCCCACAUGGCAUCAUCGAUCCCAUAGAAGAGAUAGCAGCAUUAGGCAUUAAGUACAACAUCCCUGUCCAUGUUGAUUCCUGUCUUGGAGGUUUUCUUAUUCCAUUCAUGGAAGAGGCUGGCUACCCACUUCCACUGUUUGAUUUCCGCUUGAAGGGCGUGACCAGUAUAUCAGCAGACACCCAUAAGUAUGGAUAUGCUCCCAAGGGUUCAUCGGUAGUAAUGUACAGAGAAGACAAGUGGCGCCACCAUCAGUUUUUUGUCACCCCAGACUGGCAAGGUGGCAUCUAUGCAACAGCAACAAUUGCAGGAUCCAGAUCAGGAGGAAUUGUAGCAGCAAGUUGGGCAGCUCUUGUGUACCAUGGUCACCAGGGUUAUGUUAACUACACAAGGAAAAUCAUUCAGACAGCCAAAAAGAUAGAGGAGGGAUGUCGUGCAAUUCCUGGUAUCUUUGUGUAUGGGAAGCCUGAUGUUUCGGUAGUUGCAAUUGGGUCCAACAUAUUCAACAUUUACACACUUUCAGAUAAUAUGAGUAAGCGUGGGUGGAAUUUAAAUGCCCUGCAGUUUCCCUCAAGCAUCCACUUGGCUGUUACAGUUCUACAUACACAGCCAGAAGUAUCUGAUCGCUUCCUGAAAGAUAUCAGAGAAGUUACAGAGAAUAUAUUGAAGAAUCCAACUAAAGAUGAUGGAGACAGCGCAGCAUUGUAUGGGAUGGCUCAGAGCAUCCCAGACCGCACUCUGGUGGGAGAGAUGGCUUGGUGUUACUUGGAUGCUGUCUACUCUACUAAACAUUUUUAGGAACUCAACCUGAAGUAGUCUAGUCAUCCUGGAAAGUAUGGAAAGUAGUCAUAGAUUUCUAUACAGCAUUUAUGUCCAGAAAAGUUAGUCACAUAUACUACCAUAUAUCAUAGAUCAUAAGUCAACCUCAGCCAUUAGUUGGGGAUUAUUCUUUCUCCCAAUCAGAUUUUUUCAUAGCUCCAGGCACAAGAUGGGGAGGGAGGGGGAGGGGAUAUUUUCAGGCUGCAGUGUUCCUAUAUUCUUAUGUUCUUACUGGGUAAUUUGCACUCAUGAGAUAAAGCUUUAUUCUGGGUUUAUUUUUUUAUUAAAAAGCUCUACUUAUGGCCAGUAAUAUAUGGUAAUCAGAUAGUGCCA